AGGCCCUCGCGGGGGCAUCCGACGAAGGAAAGGGAAGAUAUUUCUUCUUAUCCUCUUUGGCCAUGCCGCUUCUCCUGCGCCUCUCCGCUCCGGCGCCGGCGCCUCCUCGGCGGACCUCCGGUGAGAUGGUCCGCCAUGCCGUCCUCCCGGAGACCUCCAAGCAACUCUAUCUUGUUCCGUUACUAGUUCACCGGGUUGCAAGAUUUUCCUUGUCUACACAGUAUUCUGCACCUCGACGUGUCUCAUCUUCAACUGAUUGUACUCGUUCGCAGAGUGAUGGUGGCAUCCAUGUAGCUAAUGGACAUUGUCAUGAUCUCAUGCGGUCCAUAUGUUAUCUUCAGGAAGUUGUAUUUUCUGGUUUUUGGAAAGCAUAUCUUCUCAGUAGCGGAGUCAUAUUUGUUCUACCACCCAGUUGUUUAGCAGAACCAUGUGAGCCAGAGUACUCUCUCCCUAGCAUGCCUUUGUUGUUUGCGAUAGCCAUGAUCGGUGCUACUGUUGGAGGGCUCCUUGCGAGACAGAGGAAAGGGGAGCUUAAACGGCUGAAUGACCAGUUACGUCAGAUAAAUGCUGCACUGAGAAGACAAGCCAAGAUUGAAUCUUACGCUCCUGCUUUGAGCUAUGCACCAGUUGGUAGCAAGGUAGCAGAAUCAGAAGUCAUUGUUGAUCCUCAGAAAGAUCGCCUAAUUGCAUAUCUGAGGACUGGGAAGAACCACCUGAGAAACCGAGCUCCUGACAAGGCAUUUCCUGAGUUCAAGGAAGCUCUUGAUCUAGCACAAUCUUUGGGUGAUCAUGUCAAAAAGAAGAAGGCAGCACGAGGACUAGGCGCAUCCCUGCAAAGACAAGGGAAAUACAAAGAAGCCAUAAAGUACCACUUCAUGGUGCUAAACAUCUCGAAGAUGACCGGAGAGAAUUCAGGUGUCACUGAAGCAUACGGAGCAAUAGCAGACUGCUAUACCGAGCUGGGUGAGCUCGAGAAGGCAGGCAAGUUCUACGACCAGUACAUCGCAAGAUUGCAGAAUGACUGAUAACAAGAACGCUUGUACAACAACGUGUGAGUUAAAAUAAGGCUAAUCCAAUCUUUACCUUUUUCACUAGUCAUGUAAUGCUUUGUAAAUGUGCAGUUCCUCGCUGGGACUGUGAUCUGUUAUCAUCUUCCAGGUUCCUAUGGCCGAAUUGCCUCAGAUGGUUUUGGCACAGAUCAGCACCAUGCUGUGUAGUUAUCUUGAUAGUAGUUGCUUAAAGUUCA